GUGAAUCUUAAAAAAAUGACUUCAAGUCAAAACUAUCAAACGAUUCGUCAAGUCUCCUCCCUCUUUACCAAUCCUGCUUACGGGGCCGUGCUCGCCCACUUUGCUACCAGCCUUGUUUAGUGUUCUUUACUCCAGUCGACUGUUCGCCGCACCGGCAUCGUUUCUCCUUCUCGAGUUUCAACGCAUGGCAAACCGAAUUCUACUUUCCAUCCGAAAGGAGAUUUAAGGGGAAUAUCACUCGAAAAUUUAUCAAGAAAAAAAUAUAGAAAAAGAAGAGGAAAGGGAUGAACGAAUCAAGAUGGAAAAAUUCACGAGUAUCAUUCACAGAGGUACAAUCAAUCCUGCUCGUUGUAUGAUCUUGCUGUAUCUAGUCAUUCUUUGCUGGGGCACAUCAACAUCCGCGGAAAGGAAGCUGCAUGGAACUCCUAUGCACAAGGUGGAACUCACUCAGAAGGGAUACAUUCAGUUUCUACGUUGGGAGUUACCCGUGCCAAGAUUCACCGAAUUCACCUUCUGCCUGUGGAUCGAGUCCAACGAUCUCACCCAUUCUCAUCCCAUAUUUUCAUACUCGAAGAACGAGCGAGAACGGCUCGUACGAUCGUGGAUAGCGGCGAGCGGGAGGAGCGUUCACCUUGAGAUCGGUGGCAAUCGUGUAUUCGCCGCUGCUAUCGACAUUCUAGAGAAUCGAUGGUACCAUUUGUGCGUGAGCUGGGAGAAUCAGGCUGGCCGUUACGGCCUUUGGAUCAAUGGCCGGCUCUGGACUCAAGGUCGCUCUUACGAGACGAUAGAUCAUACGAUCCCGAGCGGGGGGGACAUCGUGGUGGGCCAAGAGUACACCGACUUCGACAAAGGGCUGGACGACGGGAUCGAGGGGUCGAUCCUGGGCUUCAAUCUGCUCUUGGCCUCCGCUUUCGACGAGCAGCUGGCCUCCCACGACUCGACUCAAGUGUCCCGCGCGGGUUACGCCACGGUUCCGCUUUUUGCCAGGAUUCCAACGAAACUGUUGCAACGCGGCAUCGAUUACAAGACGAGAACGAGGACAACUUCUGAUCAACGAUACGCCGAGGACGCGACAUCUUUGCCGCUUGUUGCCGCCGCCCCAACGAGACUCCUCUUCUCCCCGGCCGUGAUCCAAGGGAGAAUGGAGGUGGCCAAGCGGAAAAAGCAAUCUCUCGGGCUGCAAUUAGUGAAAUUGUCGUAUGCACGAUGCGAGAUCGGCAGGGGAAGCCCGUUCAUAGGCGGAUCGUUGAUGCUGAUCUCGUGGACGAGAACGCCGGUGCGUAUUUUCGGUGGAGCCGUUUUGAAGAACGUGAACAGCGAGUGUGGCGACUUCUCGAUUGUUUGAGGAGGAGAAAAUCGCCUCGAGGCGAUGCCAAGAUACUCUUUGCGCGCCACCAGCAACUCUGAUAAGAAUUUUUCUGAAUUAAUAAUACUAAGAAAAAAAAAAAAAAGUAAUAAAUGUAUUUUUAAUUCGGAGGAGAAAGCGCGUGUUUUUUUCUGAUCGACGUUAAUUAAAUAGAGUGAAAAUCUUUUUUAUUGGAUUGUUACACGUACAUAAAUGAUUGGACGGACGUGUCUCGUGGACCUUUAAUCGAAUUUCGCGAGAGAAACAUGAGAAUACGGGUCGUUACGACACGCAUAGAAAUCGGAUAGAAAUCGAAAAGUGACGAGCCGGGGCCUUCCUUCGAUGGAUGAACAUUCGUUGCGUUACGAAUGCGGGAUUAACAAAUUGGAACGAAUUAUUAUGAAAGUGCGAUGUUAGGAUAAGAUUUAAUGAUAUUUAAUGGUUUUUAUAACCUAACGAUAUUUUAUAUAUUGUUUUAUAUAAAUUAUAAAUAGCAAUCUCUGCAAAUGAUACGUGACACACUCUCUCCAGGAAAGCUAAAACCGGAUAAGCUUCUUUUAUUUAAUUAUUCUCCGUAUAUUUCACACUUUUACUCGAAUUAGACGAAGUAUUGUAGAUAUCCUAAAACAAGUUUCUUUAUAUUCAAUCACAAAAUUAAAUAUAUGAUUUACU